GCAUAUAAGAGGGAGACCCGUUGAAGUCAUAUGAUGCCCACCAUGUCCAUACACGCUCUACAAAACCUUCUACUUUUAGCCACAUCUUAUCAAACCUAAAGGAACUUCUUCCGAUGUUCCUCGUAAUCCCAGAUAACGAAAUAGGGAAAUGAUCUGGAUACAUCCUCCCUAAACUCCUCUGAGUAACCUCUAGAUACUUAGCCUCCCACUCCUCACAUAUUAGAAAUUGAUCUAUCCGAGAUAAAACAGGUUGAUCCUGAUUUGAUGACCAAGUAAAAUUUUCUCCAAUCAUAGGCUGCUCUACCAACAUGUUCUCCCUAAUAAAAUUCGCGAAAUCUUCCAUAGCCCUUAUUACUCUCCCACCACUAGACCUCUCAGUAGAUAACCGAACCACAUUAAAAUCUCCUCCAAGAGGUUCUACAAAGCCAUCAUACCAGCGAGCUCAUCUCACAAUCCUCAUCUACUCUCAUCAGCAUUAGGCCAUAAGCUCCUAUAAACAUCCAUUGGCAUCUAUCCCUAAUAUUUGUAAACAAAAGCGAUAGAAAAAAUUGCCCUUCACUAGCCUUCUCCAUAUCAAAAACUCUAGUGUCCUACAUAACUAGUACACCACAUGAGGCCCCGAUAACUCUAGAAAUGGAUACCCAACAUGUUGUCCCCUACAGGCUAGUCACAAUGGCUCUCGAAAUGAUCUCCAAAUUUAUUUUUUGUAAGCAAAAACAAUGUCAGCCCUCCAUCCUCUUAUCAAAUUUCAAAUGCCCAACCUUUCCCUGCUUUAUUAAGCCCCAUCACAUUCCAACUAAUGAUUUUUGAGAUCUUCUUAAUACUCUAUCAUCCCUCCCUAUCAAUCCUCUCAUUGAAUAAUUGCAAGAGCAUAUUUUCAUACCCAUCACAUGACACACCUAACAUCUUGCUGAAUUCCAAAAUUUUUUGAAGAACCCAAUUCAACGAUGCGGGUCGCUUCUCCUCAUCAUACUGAGGUUUAUAUAUGUUCCUCAUUAUCCCUACCUAUACCGCAUUGCUAUAACUAUAUCCAUUCUCGACGUUAUAUACCACACCACCAAAACUCUUAUCAUUUCUUAGAUCUCCCUCACUCAUAGCCUUUGAAUAUCUCCUCGUGUAUACGUUCACUGCCAUAGUUGCAGAGCCUGUCGCUCUUUGAUAUUUAUCAAUUAUAAAAGCUGGACUAUCUCCCAAUACAAUUUCGGUAUCUUGCUCUUUUGCCAAAACCAACCCUUCUGCUGGAUUCGUGCAUCAAUCGAAGGCGAUUCCGCUCUUUCUUUAGUUUUUAGAAGUCCUAAUGGACCAUAGCCAAAGAUCCAUUUACCCAAAUAGUGUACGAAAUGAGGAAAUUUGUACCCUCAAAUGUGUAGCAGUUGUCUUUAGUUGCAUCAAUAAUCUUCGACUCCGAAUUCAACAUAAUCAACCCUUUACCUUAGCCCAAGGUUCUACCUCUACUCCUAUAGUUGGUACCCGGGGCUCACCACUUGGCUCAAUUAGCACCUCUUUGCUAUAAGUUCGGUUCGAUGUCAUCUCCUUGGAGUUCAUGAUUGCUACAUUUUUUCCAUUGAUUAGAUAAUCAUCCAAAUCUACCCUACUUAUUACAAUAAGACUUACUAGCACCCACUAAAAUCCCACUAUCUAUUAACUUAAUUAAUUCAUCCAAUUUCCCCUUUAAAGUCUUGAUGUGGUCCCUUAAUCCAAUACUAUUUAGAAAGCAAUUGGCUAUACCCUAUGUUGUUGCUUCCUUAGACUUAUGUGUGUCACCCUUCUCAUUAACCUCCAUUUCCUUGUGCCACAGUAUUCACUGUUCCAUGUUAUGUAAGGCUUGUAGGUUUGCUGUAACUCUAGCAUAAGUUAUCCCUUAUUGGCCCCCACAUCAAUUGUUCGACGCUUAACCUUAACUCCGACAACAAACAUUAACCUUUUGAAAACACAUGUGAAAUUGAAGCCCAGCCCUCUGCACUCUCCCCUUGUGGCACCAUCACCACUCCUCUCCAACGUCGCUCUCCAUACUAUGCUAUCAUCAGAUACCUACCACGGUUAUUGCCGCAUCACUUGUGCCAAAAAGCUCGAGAAGACUCAUUAAACUUCACAACGAAAUCCUUUAUAUUAUCAGUCACCCUCAACUUUUUCACCAUCCAAAGUGUACCAAACCUCUUAAUGCAGAUUGCAGUCGAUAUCUUUGAACCCCAUUCUAUCAUUCUAACGUGCCGAAAUCGUUAACAGACACUACGAAUUCCUCCGCUUCUAGUCUAAAAUGAUUAUUAAAAACCAUCAUUUUGUGUGCAUUCGCAAACUUUUUACCCUGACUGUGUGGGGGGCAUCUAACAGCAGAACAGGCAGGCGGGACGACCUAGCAUCAUUGAAUGAAAUUUUUAGGGUCGUCGACGAGGCGUAUAGGCACGUGAUCCAUGCCCCAAAGCAGUGCGUGAUCUACAUCACCUGUUCUCUGAUGUCGAAAUUGUCUGCACAACCUAUCGAUCGAACACGUUUACUGGGAUAAUGAUUGAAUCUUGAGUAAACUGGCGCGGGAUCCCAGAUUGAACUGUAAUAGGUUCUCCCUUUCUUCUUCCAUGAUUGUUGGUGUCUGAACCCUCCACAUCGACCCAAUGAAGCACGCCUUUGAUCGCUGUUUCAAUACGAGAGGCAAAGCUAGGGUUUUCAUUUAGCGCCAUUGCCUGUGUGCGACUAUAAUGGUGGCUUUGUAUUUAUGGCGUGAGGCCAAUGAUCUGGGGUUUGACGGUGAGGCCAUAUGCCCAUCUUCGACGCUGACAAGUGAUUGGGUGGUGAUUGGAUGGUUGGGUUGUGGUGGUGGUUUUGGUUUUGGAUUUAUCGGAAAGGGUCUCAAUUCUACACAUUAAAAUCUUUUAAUUUACAAUGAGUCAAUAAUACAAUCAAAAAUCUUUAUGCUAUAUAUGAUCAGCUUGAAGUAUGGCUGCCCUAAUACUAGUUCCUGAAUUAUUAAAAUUAAUGUUUGACAUUGGCCUUUAAAUUAUUAGGAUAUUGUGCUUGUCACGUAUGUAGAUAGCAAAUUAUCUACUGAUGGAUGAAGAUUUAGGCUAUCUUGCCAAGUUGGAACAAUCAACGAAGACAAAGUUGGAAAUAUCAUCGGAUUCUUUCUACCAAGAAGCAGUUGAAGUUUGCUCUUUGUCGAUCCAAAAAGCUAGCAAACUAAUUGCUAAAAGAUCAUCCACAAUGGACGGACAACUUUUUCUUAUGGAGCAUCUUCUAAUCCACAGUGAGCGAAUUGCGCCCUUUGACAUAGAAUUCUCAGUCACACAUAAAGAGCUUGACUUCUCUCAUUUGCUGGAACAUUUGAGAUGGAUUCUUAGGGGCUAGGCCUCACUAAUUGAUUGGUCAAGAUCAACUUCUUUGGCAAGAGCACUCUCUCCACGAGUUUUGUAAAGUCUAAUAGAUGUCAAGAAGGUAUUCUAAUACCUAGUCAUUUGUUGGUUCUUAUUAGUAAAAUGAGUUGGAUUUCUGUUGUAUUCUUGUAACGCUCAAGUUUCAAAGUCUAUAUAGAAGGUCUUCUCUGGCUGCAAAUCAACGUUCUCUGAACUUUCUUAUUUGAUUGUAUUUGAAUUAAAAAAAUCAUUUUUCCCUGGUACAUUAGAGGUUUUGUAUGUUCAAUGGUUGAACAUCUUGUAAGCCAAAGUUUAAAGGAAAAAAAAAGGGUCAACUACAUAAUUAUUGCCUUCACUUACU